ACACCCUUGUGGACUUACCGACCGUUCCUUGCGACUCAAACACGUUGAAUUACAAAUGUCAACAAAUCCAAUAAGACUUUAGGGUUUAGAAUAAUUGCAAAAUAACCGUCUUCUUCAGAGCUUCAUCAAUGGAGUCUUUAUUAGGGUUGAAGAAGACAAAAUCUAACCUCCAUGAAAAUUACAAAUUAGUUCCAUGGUUGAAUUGGGAAGAAUGGGAUUCCGUCAGACUUUCACUCUUCUCCACUUCUCCUGAUUUCGUCGCCAAAGCUCUUCGUAAAGUAGGGGCAUGGCGGUGCAGAGGACAUUUGCCAAUUUUAGUUGAAGUUACCGCUUCGAUAGUUGAAAUUCAGCAAAAAGAUCCUCACUUUAGAGUUGAAAUGAGUGAUGGAGCUUCUGAUUCAGAAGAAAUGCUUGCUAUGCUUUAUACAAUGGCCAUUAUGAGGCUUGUGAAUGGUCCGCUUGAAAAGUUAUGCAAAGUAGCAGGGUCAUCGAUAGCUGAUGCUGCUGAAGAAAUUGGUAUGCCACGGAUGCUGGUCGAUAUUCGUCACGAGGGUUCACAUCGAGAGCUUCCUUCCCUUCGGCUGCUUCGUUUAGCAUCAACUAAGGCACUUAAUUGGUUGAAAUCCUUUUAUUGGAAUCCUCAGAAGAAUGCAAUUCCUUGCCGAAGUAGCAAAAGUGCAAAUGUCCGGAAGGAAAUUAAGUCAAAAUUACGUGAAAUGGCAUUUUGCUUGAAAGUCAAGCAGAGUUCUGGGUCAAGUUCUUCACGAAUCAAGGGUGCUAAAGUUCAUGAACAAAUUGUUGGUGCUACAUUACAUGGGCGCCAUAAAUUGUUUUCGCCUUUGGCCAGCAAAGUGCAAGCUUUUAAAAAUGUAGGAUCCAGUAAGCAGAUUACAAGGACUCUGAAGCAUCUUGUUCAACUGUACUCUUUCUUCCCAUCAGAUGUGGUUUCUAUGUUACUCGAGUUAUUACUUGAUGUAUCAAACUCAACAGAAUCAGUGGAUUCCCCUGAGAAAAUUCAAAUCAAUAUAACCUUAGAUGUUGCACGUGCUGUAUUUGAUGAAUGGAAACCUGUGAUAAUUAAGGUUUGUAAGAAGGAACCAGCGGUAUUAUUGACCCUUUUAAAAGCAGUUAUUGAUAUGAUCGAGUCUCGGAAAACUAUUAGAGAUGAUUUCGGAAGUGAAAAUUUCAACCUGUCAGUGUAUGACUCGGAGAUGGAACGAAUCGGAGUUCUUUCUUCUCUUUUUAUGUGGCUGGUGCAAGUUCUAAAAGGUCUAAAGUUAACCCAACAUGAAGGUCAUGAAAGCCUAAUAGAUGCCAACGGUUGCCUUCCUAAAUCAUUACUGAUUCAACUUGUGCGGAGAUGCUUUCACAUCUCAGAUUCUGAAAACCGUGAGCUUCUGGAUUCAGCUUUGUUGUUAGCAGAAAUUGUUAGAGAUGACCAUCUGAGUAAUAAACUCCACAAAUUGUCUUCACUGACAAAACUUUAUCCAAAAUUCGGUGAAGAAGUUGCUUCAGAUUUGAACACCGAUAAUUAUAUUCUCCAGGACGAGUGCAUUCGUCAAGCUGCAGAAAAGUUUGAAAUGAUUAAACAUCAUAGAAACAGCAAUGCAAGUGUUCUGAGUACUCAAGAUGAGACUAUGGAAGAUACAAGUAUUUGGACGAUUGCUAAAUCAUGGAAACCAUGCCCUAUUGGGAUGUUGCCUCGAGCUAUGGAUUCGUUAGGAUGUCUACCUGUUCUGGACAUUGACUUAAAUUGUGAAACUAAGGCUUCCUUGUACUCCAUAAACACCGAGAAACAUCUGAAAUCAGCUUUUAACUCCAUGGACUCUGAGAAACAUCUCGAAUCAAAGCAAUCGAGUAAAAGAGAAGCCAGCUGUGAUGUCGAUGCAUUGAAUGACUCAAGCAUUAAGCGGAUGAGAAAGAUGCAGAAUUCUGACUUUUCUGAGCCUAAUAAUUCGGCUUCCAUCACAACAUCUGACGGGCUCAAAGGUAUGCUUUUAAUUGGCGGUAUUUGGAAAAAAGUGGGGAAUCGAGAGUUGCAAGAUAUUAAAUCUCAGAUCGGCAUUUUAGUGACUAAAAGAUAGAGCCAAGUAAUGAACUACCAAUCCAAAUUUUCACUGUAAGUUAUUAAUUGCUAGAAUUCAGUUUAUAGUUCUAUUUUAUGUCAUCACAAAAUAUGCCACAAAUAUUGUGCUUCUGAUUAAACAGUUAUCAUAUGUUGCCCUUGUAAUGUUUUGAUUAUAGGUUUACAAGGGUUUUUGAUCAUACAUAGUUUCUUUAAUGAAUACGUUUCAUUUCCCAAUGAACAAUUUUUGUUAAGGCAGGAAUUUUUAUUUAUUUUUUUUUUUUGAGAAUAUUGGAUAAUAAUUGGGGCAUUUCUGGACACUGAUGGAAAGAAUGUUUAUCUCUGCCAUAAA